AUUAUCGCUCGACACUCUCUUUUCAAACAUGACCAACUUCUUCAAAGCAGCGCUGUGCGCUUCCAUGCUUUUCUUGGCUGGAGCAUCAGCCAAGGUUAAUCGCACCAAUGCUGUCCUCACUGUUCUGGAAGGGUACAAGGACUUGACCGCAUUCUAUGCACUCUUCAAGUCAACAGGAGAUGGCAUUGGAAUUCCCGAACCUGCAUUCGAGGAGCGUUUCAAUGACAACAACGUUGGUCUUGACUUCACCAUCCUCGCCCCUACCAACGAGGCGAUUGCUAAGGUCCAUGGCCUCACGGAGAAGCUGACCACAGCAGUUGGUUAUCCUCUCUUGACCACUCUUCUCCGUACGCAUAUCUUGCCGGGCAAACUCGCUCCACAUGAUCUAUACAAUAAGAACAUCGUCUCGAUUGAGGGUUUCUCAAUUCAUACUGACUCGAAGGGGGUUAUCACCACCAACCCAGGCCUGACGAAGACUGAUGUGCGCGCUCGCACACAAGCUAAACUCCUGAAAGACAAGAGAGGCAAACCAAUCCGUGUUCCCGCUUCGAACGGCGUCGUGUACAAAAUUGACAACAUUCUUGAUCCAUUGCUCACCUAUUUCGGUGAAGACUCCGCCAGAAAUCACCGCUCUCUACCAACCAUCAAGCACUCCCCUUCCAAGUCAAUGAAGGAUAUAUUGGCCGCAGACCCUGAGACAUCUCGCGCCAAAGAGCUGCUAUAUACCGUUGCACCGUGGCUCCCCAGAGAUCGUCUUGAUAUGUCGUUCUCCGGACGUCGCACAAAGGAGAACUCCAAGGUUGUCUACCUCGUGCCUUCGAAUGAAGCGCUAAAGUCGUUCACCAAAGUUGCUGAGGCACCUGGUAACGCCGAUGCGACACGGUUCUUCCUAAUGGCAGGUUUCGGAAGAAUGGAUGGAAAACAUAUCAAGGGGCGUGCGGGAUUCAAGCUCGAGGUUGAAGGGGGGAGGGUUAUGAAUGCGGAGGUUGAGAAGAGGGAAUGUGGUUCGAAUGGUUGUGUAUGGAGGAUUGGGAGGGUGAUUGAUUCAGUUUAUGGUCUCUUCUAAGGUUUCACUUGCUAAUUAGUGCUGGGAUCGCUUUUCGUUUAUCUAUGUCUGUACUUUAUGUGAAAUAUGCAUUGGUUAAGGAAAGUCAC